AUGAGAGAAUCCAAAGAAGCAAAUGAGAAAACUGAAGCAGUUAAUGCAAAACUUUUGAAUAUGACUAGGAAACCAAAACGAAGCCCUUCUUUCUUUAAGAUCUUAGUAGGAGACUUUGUUACCAAGCUGAAAAUUCCACCAGCUUUUUUGAAGUAUGUUUUGAAAGGAAAAGUACCCACCAUGUUCAGCUUGUAUUCUGACUCAGGUAACUCAUGGCGAGUUAGAGUCGAAGUUCAACAAGGAAGCUACUUUUUCAACAGUGGAUGGUCAAAGUUUGUCAAAUAUCAUGGCCUGGAAAUAGGGGAUUUUCUGGUUUUCUUUUUGGUUGAUAGUUCAACAUUUGAUGUUUUCAUUUAUAAUCGAACUGCAUGUGCAAAGAACAUCAUUUUGGCUGCUAAGAAACCAAAGGGCCGACCCCCUGGUGGUAACAGACAAAUUGAACAAACCCCAAGCCAAAAAUGUACUUCAGCUUCCAAGAAACCAAGAGCAGUUUCUCGUAGGCCAACCUUUUCAUUUUAUUUCAUGCAUAACCCUUCAUAUUUAUCCCCUUUUUUCUACUAA